AUGAGUGACAUAAUGAAGAACACAUUUACAGUCAUUCUGAGUGUGGAAUUCAUAAUUGGCAACUUUGGGAAUGUAUUCAUAGCAGUGGUGAACAUCAUGGAUUUGAUCAAGAAAAGAAAGAUCUCUUUAGUGGAUCAGCUCCUCACUGCUCUUGCCAUCUCCAGAAUUGCGCUGCUCUGGUUAGUACUGGUGAAUUGGUGGCUCACUAUGCUGUACCCAGGGAAAUUGGUAACUGAAAGAAGGUAUGGGCUAAUACACAGUAUCUGGACAGCAUUCAACCAGUUUAGUCUCUGGUUUGCUACAAGUCUCAGCAUCUCUUGUUUUCUCAGGAUAACAAAUUUUUCCAACACUGUUUUUCUUUAUUUUAAGUUCAGAGUUAAAAAAGUGAUAGCAGGGACAUUGCUAGCGUCUUUGGUUCUCUUGGGCUUAAAUAUUAUAGUUGUUAAUGUUCCUGAGAACACUUUGAUCACUGAAUAUAAAGUAAACAUGUCUUACAGCUUGAAUGACACACAGUUUUCCAUGCUGCUUUCAUUUGCCAACACCAUAUUUGUGUUCAUACCCUUUUCUGUGUCACUGGUCACUUUUCUCUUGCUCAUCUUCUCCCUGUGGAAACAUCUGAGGAAGAUGCAACACAGUGCCCAAGGAUUCAGAGACACCAGCACCAAGGCCCACAUCAGAGCCUUGCAGACAUUGAUUGCUUCCCUCCUCCUGUAUGCCGUUUUCUUUCUAUCUCUUGUUGUUAAAGUUUGGGGUCAUCUUUUUCUGGAGAGAAAGCUGAUGCUUCUGGCCACACAGGCUUCAAGAACUGCUUUUCCCUCGGUGCACUCCUGUGUUCUUAUUCUGGGGAAUCCUAAACUGAGAAAGGCUUCCCUCUCUGUGCUACUGUGGUUCAAGUGCAGGCACAAAGACAGAAACCCCAGGGUGCAGAGAACUGGGGUUCGCUUAUGUGUAUCAUCUUGCAUAUCUUAG